AUGAGACUCCUCUUCUACCCUGCACUGGGAGAGAGAGAAGUCGACGAAUUGAUGCCGGGGAUUGGUAGCCACACCGAUUUCGAGUGUUUCACUAUCCUCCGCCAGAGUUUCUGCGACGUGCCGUCUGCUCUUCAGGUCCAGAAUCGACAAGGCGAAUGGAUCGAUGCGCCGUAUAUUCCUGAAACCUUUGUGGUCAAUAUCGGUGACCAAUUUGCACGAUGGACGAACGAUAUCUUCGUGUCCACAAGACAUCGCGUCCUUCCAGCUUUGGCCAAAGACCGAUAUUCCAUCCCAUUCUUCUUUGGAUGCGAUCACGACGUGCCUCUCCUCCCUCCUGAUACGUGUGUAACUGUGGAAAGGCCGGCGAGAUAUCCAGUGGUUACAGCAGGAGCGUAUGUCUUUGAUCGACUUUCAAAGGCCUACAAAGUCGAAAGGUCGAGUGUAUGA